CUUUACCCUCCAUACAGAUAAACAGUAGGAAUUAGAUAUAAAUGUGGUUACACAUAAAGUGAGAUAAAUAGGGAAAAAUUUGCUUUUUAUUUUGUCAUUACAAAGUCGUCGAAUAUACAUAUCACAAUACGUUUAAAUCAAUGCACUAUAGUAACACAAAGAGUGGUAACCGUUGAAAAAUCAACGAAGUCAUCACAAAUCUGGGAUAACAAAGUGAAUUUUUAACCUCACAGACAACAGUAUACUUUAUUUUCGAUGCUUUCAACAAAUGUGAUUUGUAAGACCAGUCCUGUUUGCAUAUCAGAAGAACUAAGACGAUUGGGGAGGAAACAUUUUAAUCAGGCACAUAAGAGGACUUCAUUAUUCGGUUCAGAAAACGAGCCACAAUAUUUUGAGAACCCAUUUAGAGAAAAUACCGGUUAUCCGAUUUAUAAGUGUCUUAAGACGAACAAUUGCUUCACUGACGGAAUCGCGGACAAACAAUCUGCUUCAUUUAGUCAGACCAGACAAGUGGAUAAUACCAGUGUAAAACAUUUCCCAAAACAAAUAAUCCGUGAAUCUGAACAUACUGAUUCCUGUGAUGUUAUUGGAAGUGAAAUUUCAGGGUUUAUGGAAGGCACUCAUGAAACGGCAUCCACAAAUGUCUUGCAAUCGAGAGAAGAGGACAAUGAAUACACAAAUUCUCAGGAAACUAAAAAUUUAGAUGAAAAUUCUCAAAGUCAUGCCGACGAAAAAACAGAGAACGACAAGGUAGAUUACCUGAUUCAAGCCGCCGAGGAAAGGGCCAAAAGAAGAGAACUUGAUAAGCAAAACAGUAGUGAAAACCAUCUGUUGUUUGAUGCGUUGCAGAAACCCAAAAGAAAUUCAGAAUAUCAAAGAGGACUAUUAAACGCGCCGUGGUAUACUAAUCCAGAAGAAGGAAUAAGUUCUGAAGAUGUGCAAAGAUAUUACUCAAAGUCUGUGAAACCAGUAUUAAACUCCUUACAGAAAAUUUCAAAAUCUAAAAGUACAACACAACAAGACUUCCCAAAGUACUCCUUACAAGAGCUAAAGGAAUGCAGGCAAAAAAAUUAUAAUGGAAAUAGAGAGUCAUUGGACUGGCCUUUCAGUGAGACAAAUGGUAGCAUUAAAAAAGAUGAACUGGAAGGAUCAUACUACCAUAGGUCCUCAGCAGUAAUUGGACAAGGUUUUCUGGAGAAAUUCGGUCCAAAAUCACCAUCUCUAAACAAAAAACUGACGAAUGAUUCACCAGUAGCAGCGUCUAUGCUACGAAAUAGCCCAUAUGCGUUUCAUGGAUAAAUGGACUAAAUGCUAAAACCAAUUUUAAAAUGUUCACAAAUAUUUUAAACUUUUUAUUAGCUUGCUUCUAUUAUGAAUGGUCGGUUCUUAAAACUCUUUCUAUCAUGUCAUAAUACAACCAAAAUCAUUAAUUUAUCUUAUUUAUUUCAUGCAAAAGUUAAUUCCAAUUUUUGUAAUAUUUUAACAUUAUCAUAGUACAUUAUUUCGUGACCGGUUUUAAAAUAAAUAAACUCAUUUAUCAGUAACAUAAGAAAGGAAAAUUGUAGAACCUUUCUAUCAUUAAUCAUUAUUAUUGUUAUUAUGACGAUCAUUGAAUAUUCACCAUUAAAAAUAACCUAUGAUUGAGAUUUUUCCUUUUUCCUGCUAAUACUUUACCUUAAAGCUAAAUUCUAACUUUAAAAAAAGUGAUAUAUUUU